ACUGCUGCAUUUCUUGCUCCCCUUUUUCUGUAAUUCACUCGCACACUUGUAUUUUUGUUGUAUUCUCAAGUUAAUUGGUAUAGCUUUUUUCUGAACUUAUUAUCAAGAUUUGCAUUUUAAAAAACCAAGAAAAAUAUGUCUUCUGCAGCAAAUAUUUUACAAAGACAAUUGAAAGAAUUAACAAGAAAUCCAGUACCUGGCUUUGUGGUUGAUUUGAAAGACGAUAACAUAUUUGAAUGGGAUGUUGCACUUAUCGGUACACCAAAGACGAUUUACGAAGGCGGCUACUUCAAGGCAACAAUGACAUUCCCCGAUGACUAUCCUUUCAAUCCUCCAACUUUCCGAUUCAAUAAUGAGUUCUACCAUCCUAAUGUUUAUCCGGACGGUAGACUAUGUAUUUCAAUUCUUCAUCCACCAGGUGAAGAUCCCGUGAGUGGUGAAAAAGCAGAGGAACGAUGGAACCCCACACAGUCUGUAGAAAGUGUCCUAGUAUCAAUUAUAUCCUUACUUGCGGAUCCCAACUGCUCAAGUCCGGCGAAUGUAGACGCGGGUGUGGCUUACAGGAAGGACCGUGCUGUAUUUGAAGCCAUUGUGAAAAAACAAGUGGAAGUGUCAAAGAAAGAUAUUCCUCCUGGAUUUAAAAUGCCUACAUCAGAGAAAGAUUUUAUGCCCGCUGCACCACCAGAAAUUGAAGAAGAUGAGAACUUUUGGUAUGAAUCUGGAGAUGAUAGUGAUUUUGGUGUAGACGACGAUUUUGAUGAUGAGGAAGAGGAUGACGAUUAAUUGUUUUCUUUUGAUUAUGAUUUAAAUUAUUUGCUCGUUCGAUGGUACCCUUUUAAUAGAAUAAAUCCACCUCUCAUUGAAAAAGAAAUCGAUAAAUUAUGUUUUGUCUGAAACCAAAAAGACGUUUAAGACCACAACAGCAGAGUAUCGUAUGACAAGUGUUUAUCAGAUAUGGUAUGACGAAGAGCCAACUACUUGAGAUAAAAAGUAUCUUAAUGCUGUAGCUAUAGACUUUCCAAAAAAGAAAAAACGAAACAACAAUACAAGUUGAUCCACUUAUGGAAUAAACAAC